GUGAGGUGACGCAGUCGUUGUGCUGUCUCCACCGCAGUCGGCGUCGCAGUCAGCCGACGGUUGAGAGGUGGUGGUCGUCAUCUCUUCUCGUUCGAUGUUGCCGGUCUUGUCCUCCGGGGCGUCAGUGCUGCCGCCGAAGCCUCCGGAAACGCCACUACCUCCCGACGCGUCCGGGCUUUCGUCACCGUUCCCUGCCGUUGUAGUAGCCGGCGCUUGCGUGGUUGCAUCGUGGUCGCCGAAGCUGGGAGCGUCCGCCUGCGGAACGUCUUCUGGCCCGUCACUGUGUCCUGCGGUCGUAGUAGCGGGUGCCUCUGUGGAUGCAUCGUGGUCGCCAGAGCUGGGAGUGUCUGUCUGUGCUCCAUCUGCCGAUCCACCAGUGGCUCCAUCAGAAGAUCCGCCAGCCGCUCCAUCAGAGGAUCCGCCAGCCGCUCCCUCAGCCACUCCAUCAGCCGAUCCACCAGUCGCUCCAUCAGAAGAUCCCCCAGCCGCUCCGUCAGCCGAUCCGUCAGCCGACCCGCCAGCCGCUUCACCAGACGAUCCACCAGCCGCUCCAUCGUCUGAUCCACUAGCCGCUCCGUCAGAAGAUCCGCCAGCUGAUCCUUCAGCGGAUCCACCACUGGAAGUUGUGGUCGUCGUCGAGGGGGCCUCCGUGGCGGCUGCGUGGUCGCCGUCAUCGCUGGGUUUGGGAGUAGUUUGUGGGGAGCCGAAUAAGUCUACGUCUUUGCCUUGAUCUGGUUUCUUCGGUAUGGCCUCGUUUUCUUCGACAUCGAAAAGAACACCAGUUACGAUGACUGGCGGAGCGUCGCCG